AUGCGCACGGAGAUACUUCCGCAUUUUAUUCUUCCUCAUUGCUGGCUGCGCCCAUUCGGUCGUUUAUCACUUUAUUUUGUAAUAAACAUUAUUAAAAUAAGUUAGGUUUCUUACAGCAAGUCAUAAUGUCAAAACCUCCUCCAAAACCCGCCAAACCAGGUCAAGUGAAAGUGUUCAGAGCAUUAUUUACCUUUGACCCUAGGACGCCGGAUGAGCUUUACUUUGAGGAGGGAGACAUCUUAUACAUCUCAGACACAAGUGACAGUAACUGGUGGAAGGGAACAUGCAGAGGAAGAACCGGGCUCAUUCCCAGUAAUUACGUGGCUGAACAGGCAGAGUCCAUCGACAACCCAAUGCACGAGGCAGCCAAAAGAGGGAAUCUGAGCUGGCUCAGGGAGUGUUUGGACAAUAAGGUUGGCAUUAAUGGACUGGAUAAAGCAGGGAACACAGCGCUGUACUGGAGCUGUCACGGAGGACACAGAGAUGUGGUGGAGCUGCUACUUUCCCAGCCGAACUGUGAGAUUAAUCAGCAGAAUAAACUGGGUGACACCGCGCUGCAUGCUGCCGCCUGGAAAGGAUAUUCAGACAUCGUGGAGAUGCUUUUAAACAGGAAUGCCAGGACAGAUGUGUUGAAUAAUGAGAAGAAGACAGCUUUGCAGAUGGCUACUAACGCUCAGUGUGCGUCUCUGUUGAAGAGGAAGCAGGGCAGCGUGAUUACACGCACACACAGCAAUGCUGAGGAGUACCUGGAUGAUGAAGACUCUGACUGAGAGGAGAAAAGGGGGAUUAAUAACAUUCUAUGACCAAAUAUUCUGUGUGUGUGUGUGUGUGUGUGUGUGUGUGUGUGUGUGUGUGUGUGUGUGUGUGUGUGUGUGUGUGUGUGUGUGUGUGUGCGUGCGCAGGAGAAGGCGAGAGAAUGAUCUUUUGCAGCAUCUUAAUUAAACAUAAAUUUGUUUCUGUACCAGUUUGUUGAACGUGCUGCUUAUGAUGGACGUGUGUGUGUGAGGGAGAGAUUCUUUUGUACUAAAUGAAAAGUUUAUGUAUGUUAUAUGAAUUUCAAAGCUUUAAUGCUCUACUAAUAAAAACACUUUACACUUG